AUGAACCACACCGCCGCCGACCAGAAAGCCGACUCCGAUCAAGCUAUGACAGACCGUGAUGAUUCUAUGGCGCCUUCGACCGUAACACCAGCGGCCGAAGCAGACGUUGGAUCGAGGAUGGAUGGCGACGCUCCACCGUCCGCAGACGCUUCCAAAUCCGGCUCUGUUCCUGCAUCAUCCACAACGGCUGGCAAUCCUAGCUUUCGAAGGCAACGUGCGUCGCGAGCUUGUGAGACAUGUCAUGCGAGGAAGGUACGCUGUGAUGCUGCAAGUCUUGGUGUACCCUGCACGAACUGUGUCGCGUUUUCCAUCGAAUGCAAGAUCCCGACCCCCAAGAGAAAGAAAAAUCAAAAGGCCAAGGAUGGAACCGGUGACGAGAACUUCUCCACGAACCCCAACGCCUCUCAAAGAGAGGGCUCGGGAGGUCCACGGAGCAAACCUGUCAAUGGAAUGCCCGCAACCUCUCUGACUGAAGCCCAAGCUGCCGAACAAGCGCAGCACAACCACUCCUACGUCCAAUUCAUGAAACCAAAAUUUGCCCGGGCGCCAAUCACCGAGGCUGGUCGAGUAGCGUACCUUGGGGAGUCGUCGAAUCUAUCUAUCCUAGUCCACGAUCGUCAUGGGACUACCGAUGUUGUGCAUUACCCUCUUCCCGAGAACAUCAGGGGUUCGAGAGCCCGCCUCACAGAGCUGGACAGUUUGGAGAUUGAUAUUCUACAUCAGCGUGGAGCCUUCCUUCUUCCCCCACGGUCUCUCUGCGACGAAUUGGUGGAUGCAUAUUUCAAAUGGGUUGCCCCCGCCGUUCCUAUAAUAAGCAAGAGCCGUUUCAUGAAACGCUACCGUGACCCCAAGAAUCCUCCUUCGAUUCUGCUUUUGCAGGCGGUUCUCCUCGCUGGUUCGAGAGAUGACAGGGUCACCAUUGUCCAGGCACUGGUCCUGAUGGGAUGGUACUGGGAGGGUCCGGAGGCUAUAAUCGUCGCGCAAGGGUCCGGCAUGCAUAGAAGUGUUGAAGCGUCACAGCUAAGCAGAGCAGAUAAGCGACUAUGGAAAAGAAUUUGGUGGACUCUCUUCACACGAGAUCGCUCCGUUGCCGUUGCUCUCGGGCGGCCGGUGAACAUUAAUAUUGACGACUCCGAUGUGGAAAUGCUCACGGAAGACGAUUUCAUCGAAGACGAAGCCGAUUCUCCGGCCGAAUUUCCUCCUGAUCCGAUUCAUGUCCAAUUUUUCUUGCAGUACGUAAAAUUGUGCGAGAUUAUGGGUCUUGUGCUUUCGCAACAAUAUUCGGUUGCUUCGAAAUAUCGUAGGACGAAUGCAAUGGAUUUGACUCAUAGCGAUAUGGCAUUGGCGGAUUGGUUGCAAAAUUGUCCAAGGGAAGUGUAUUGGGAGCGGAACCGGCAUCACUUUUGGUCGGCUCUCCUUCAUUCCCAUUAUUAUACAACCCUGUGCCUGCUGCAUCGUGCACACAUGCCCCCGGCUACUGGUGUACACCAGCCUGCGCCUGAUGGAUUGGCCUAUCCGUCGCGCACUAUCGCCUUCCAAGCAGCAGCAAUGAUUACAUCGAUUGUGGAAAACCUACAAACUCAUGAUCAACUUAGAUAUACCCCCGCAUUCAUGUUGGUGUUCUCUACGGUUCCCGUUAUGCGUUCCUCGGUUCCAAGUGUUGUAUCUACGACGCAGGAGAGGAUCACUAUCUGCAUGAACGCUUUAAAGGAAGUGUCAAAAGUCUGGCUUGUCGCCAAAAUGGUUUGCACCCUAUUUGAGUCGAUCCUUGGGAACAAGGCGCUGGAAGAACGGCUACAAAGAGCAGCAGGGAAGCGACAUCAUAAACAAAAAGCAAAAAAUGAUGCCGCAGCACCUCCCAAGAAACCGGAGCCUCCGAAGCGCAAGUUUGAUGAUUUGGACAUUUCAAUACCCAGCGGCCCCCCUGCUCACCAAGUUUCGUACGAGAGGUCUCGACCGCAAACGCCAGCGGCCACACCUUCUAUACAACCGGCCCAAAUUGCUUCCACAGGGCCGCUCCAGUUAUCUCCACAUCCCCAGCACCGGGGCUCCAAGGAUGGGCUUUUGAAUCCGUCAGGUCAUACCGGAACUACUCGACCGACGUCGCCUUUCAACCCUUCCUUUUCUAUGCCUACUACGCCGCCCGAUUUCUUCCUUGUCACCCGGAACUCACCUAAUUUAUCCCAAUCCCUUUGGGAAAACUUCCAACCAGACCAGCUAUUCCCUGACGGCACGAAUAUAUCUGGCACUGGCUUCUCGCCAUCUUCGGGGACCGCGGUCGAUCCCCAACUUCAAAUGUCCCAGCACCUGCAGCCCACUGGAAUGGGCUCUCAGCCGAUGGGGAUGCAUCAGCAGCAACAUCUUCCGUCGCGAGGACCGCGUGCACCUCACGAGAGCCCAACGAUGAUGCAAGGAAUGCAAGGCAUGGGAGGCAUGGCCCAUCAGCAACAUCUGCAGCCCGGUAUGCCGAUGACGCAGCCAUGGAUGUUUGAUGGAAACAUGCAUCUCGAUGCCUCGAGUCCGGAUGACAAUUGGAGUAAUAGUUCCCGAGGCCAGGGGCCCGUUGUACCUCCAACUCUAAAUGUCGAAGAUUGGUUCCAAUUCUUCGGGAUUAAUGGUCUCGACAGUUUGGGGAUGGAUCAGAUAGUAUUCAGCGACCUGUUUUUAGCUCCUGGAUCAGAGGCUUCAACUACGCAAAUUCUUGUUUUUCACGCGUUCCUCACUGAAGUAGCUUCUAAUGCUUCCAUCUUCAUUGUUUGA